UUUUAUCACAUGACCUUUUACAGCCAAUAGCAGCAAAAUGCGAUCAAAAACUGUGGCAAUGAAAGUGGAUAUCGCUGACGUUUCUUUGUGGCGUGUGCGGUGUUUUCACCAGCUGUUGGCUAGAGGAGCGAGUAAAAGUUGAAGCAGUCUCGGUAGCUUGCGUCCCAGUGAGCGGACGGUUACAGUAUGACCACCAAAGCAGGGACGGGAAGAUGGCGUUAACGACGGCAGUGGACCAGCGCGUGCACCGGUUACACAACUAGCGGAUCGCUUUACACAAGCUGAGAUAACGGACUGUUGUCCUCAUAGUAUCUGGCUAAAAAGUCUACGGCUGGGUAGCAGCAGUAUUGGCAUCAUGAACGUGGGGACGGCACACAGCGAGGUGAACCCGAACACCCGGGUGAUGAACAGCAGGGGCAUGUGGCUUUCCUACACUCUUAGCAUCGGCCUCCUUCAUCUCAUCCUUCUCAGCAUCCCUUUUGUCAGCGUCCCAGUUGUCUGGACCCUCACCAACAUGAUCCACAAUCUGUGCAUGUAUCUGCUCCUUCACACAGUCAAAGGGACGCCCUUCCAGACGCCAGAUCAGGGCAAAGCUCGCCUCCUCACACACUGGGAGCAGAUGGACUACGGUGUGCAGUUCACUGCGUCCCGCAAGUUCCUCACUGUCACACCUAUUGUCUUGUAUUUGUUAACCAGCUUCUACACGAAAUACGACCGAGUCCAUUUUGUGGUCAACACCGUUUCCUUGCUCACUGUGCUCAUCCCUAAGCUGCCGCAGCUCCACGGCGUCAGAAUUUUUGGGAUUAACAAAUACUGACAGAAUGGAGACGGACUCCUCUUCACUUUUUUCCUGGUACAGCAAAGAGCACUCGCAGUUCCUUCUGCAGUCUUCUGGAACACAGCUCUCUGAAGGAACUCCCAGGAGGAUUCUGCCAUGGUUCCUAACCCUCGCUAGAGACACUGUACUGCACAGAAGCAAACAGGGAAGUUUCAUGACUCUGAUCUGUAAUCUUGGAUUCGCCUGCAUGUUUGUUUUUUAAUUGAAAGGGAAUUUAUCUUAGAUUAACAGUAUCAAAGGUGGGCGACUGUAGUUGUAUUCUUAUUUUAUUUAUUCAGCUUCCUUCCUAUGUGCAGCUGGCUCCUGGGUUUGGGAUUGAAGGAAGGAGAGCAGUAACGUUUGAAAUGAUCAGGGAGCUGCGAACCGCCACAGAGGCCAGACUCCACGAACCACAGCGGUUUAUAUUUAGCUUUCUCUGCUCAGGGUCAGGAAUAAAACCUUACCCAACUCUUGCAAUUAUGUGCCCGUUUCCAUAUUGGGACAUCUUGUCCUUCUUUGACCUGUUUGCAAAAUAGUCUGGCUCUUGUUAAGAAUGUGAGGGAAAAAGUUCUUGACUGAAAAGAUUUCCAAACUGCUCAGCAAUAAACUGAACAAUAGAUGUGUUCAGAAAUCACUACCAAUCAUGUUUUGUUAUUUAGGAUUAAUAAAUGUAAUUUUAUUUUCUAAAUCUCUCAUUAGAGAUUCACCAAUUUCAAACUCUAUUUUUAUUUUUUUUAUUUCUGAUCCGUUUAUUGGGAGUUAUGGCCACUUUGUCACUCCUUAUCCUAAUAAAUCACUUCCCACUGUUUGCAAAUUAAAACAAAAAACAAAUCUUGCAGCUCUUGAAAAAUAAAUAGUUCUCAGUCUUGAUUGCUUUAUUAUCUAUUUGUGAUUAAUGGAGAAGACUUUUUUUUUAAACCGCCAUAUCCUGGAUUGAAGCUGAGGUGGGUGGAGCAAACUCUGGUUCAUGUGCCCAACCCACUUCAACCUUAGCUCUUGCUUUUUUUAAAUCCCUUGGUUGACGUUCUUGAUGUGUCCAGUUUAGACAUGCCUAUGAACCCAGCAUCAACAGAGGGCUUUAUGCCACUGCAUUACGGUCAAUAUGCUUUUAUAAUCUGACGGGUAAUCCAUGAAGGAAGUGAGCUGAUUCCAUCACGGUUCGAUUCUUUCAUAAAUCUUCCCGUCGUUGUUCCUACUCAGCUGCUUCCUGCGUUACAAUUACUCCAUAGGAUGUUUUUGUGACCAAAGAGAAAAGUUUUUCCUAAAUCAGGCAGGAAAAGAGGAAAGGUCAUCGUUAAAUAUCCACAUGACAACCUGGAAUAUUUUUGCAGUGAGUGAUGUUCACAUCUGCUUUGAAUCUGUGGGCACAGACCGUACAAACAUAGAUGUUUACAGACUCUGCACACUUUAAAGAUGGUCCCCUCAACUCUGUUUGUUGUAAAGUCCCAUAAGCUGCUGUUUAAGCUUGGCAGAGACCAUAAAGCUGUCCACUAUUAAUGCCUCCUCUGAACCAUGGCUUCAUUUCUACAGAGAUAUUUCUGCAACCAAAUAUUACGACGCUUUUAACGCAACAAUUUUAAAUCCCACUGACUCACCCCUUAAAUCAGAGACUGGGGGAAAAUGGCGUAUUUGAUCAAACUGCAUUAAAAUGCUACUUUUUUUUGUAAUUUAAAAAAAUAACAGCAAUUUAAGUCACUUUGAUGAGUUUAUUCUAAGUUAUGGGGUAUCUGCCAUCAGUAAAUAAUUUAUAAACUAAAUUUAUUUUUGUUAAAGAGCUUUAUCUGCAGCUCACCUCUCUCUGAAAAAGGACAAUUGAUCAAUUCCACCCCCAAAAGUGAUUGGUGCAUCCCUAAUUGACAUUUUCAUAGGAUAAAGUCUACUUUAACUAAAUGUAAGAAAACUUCUGUUUUAUUCCUAAAAACCUGCUUGAAUGCUUAAAAUGAUCUGUUAUCUUUUAGGACCUUUUAUAAUACAAAACAGCCCUUCAGGAAAAUCCCUGGGAGCAAACAGACGAGGCUUUGUAGCAAUGCUGGAAUUUUCCAGUACAGGAACGGUUGUGAUAAACAGAUUAGCCAGAACCAAAAAAACUAUUUGACUUUACUAUAACAGGGUACCUUUAAUGAGUCUUCUUAGGAUUUGGAAAGUCACCUGUAGAAUUAAAGAUUGCCUAAACAGAUCGAUUCUGAUGAAAAUUGCAUUUUCAACAGGUUUUUACGGCAUUUUAUUGAUGAUGGAGGACAUGUAUAGAGAAAAUUGAGCUCAAAAUGGCAUUUCUGAGUAUUUUAGGAGUUCUUAUUUGAGCUCCUAGCAACAGGAACGGUGGGCGGAGUUGAUCCACGCUAACACUCGCACAACUCGGAGGUUAAUUUCUAAUGAACUCAGGCAUUUUGAUUUUGGUGAAUAAAGUCCUAAUUAAAAGACCAGAGGGAACACUUUGAAAAUGGAUCAAAAGAUGACCAGAGUGGACUUUAAGGACUCACACUUCCUCUGCACAGAAACAAAAUCCUGAGCAGUCAUGAAGAAUUUGGCUGCACACUUUAUUGCAAAUGUUUACUGUCAUUUGCCUGAACAGUGUUAAUCAUGCCCUUUACUCUUAGUAGUAUUAAAAAAAGAGAAUUGUAGUUAUACUAAUGAUGUAGCAACUUUAGAUUUCAUUGUAAAUUAGGUGGAUUUGCUAAGCAGACAUGUUUGUGAAGAUGCAUUAAUCUAGGUUUUUAGGAAGCGUUAAAACUUGCAGUUUUGUUCGAAUUUGCCAGAUUUCAUUAUGCUAAUGUGUCCUCAUGUUUUUAUCCUAAAGGGAAUGUUCUGUUGUUUUCAAAGACUGCACUUUUUAAAGUUGGAUGUGUUUUCUUAAGCUGCAGUCGCAGCUUCUGUUAAAUGUUUUGUAUAGAGUGUGGGAUGCUCCCCUGAAAAACAAAGUGCUUUUGCCAUCUCUGGGUUUCAUAGCUGUCAUGUCUGAGUCGCUGAUGUUUCACAGAAACUGGAACAAAGAGGAUGUAUUAAAAUAAUGCCAAUGUGAAUAUAGUUUUUUUGUUCAACACUAGGUACUCUGUGAUAAAGUGUUUUGGAAUUUAAA